UGUGUGUGGGGACACGGCUGUCAUCUGAUCCUCUCAGUCUGGGGCAGGCCUCACCUUUGGGGUGUGAAGGGCCCUAGUCGAGGCUGCAGGCUGCUUCGUGAGGCUGUCCUUCCUGAGGGUCAUGGUCCACUUGGGCACACUCUCCCAUCCCGGGCACCUGUGUUCCUCCCGGCCCUGCUCCCCUCACCACGUGUGCCUCGUCCCCCACAUCUCACCUGCUGCUCCUCCCUCCAGUGUCGUGAAUCCCUCCUCAUACCUCACCCUGCCCCAGACGCCUGAAUGCCCAGCUGUCACUGAACCAUGUGCGGGCUGCCGUUCUCUCCAAGAAGCUGCCUCCUUGGAGAGAAGGGAGCCCUCCAGCCCCCAGCCCUCCUGCUUCUCCCUGUUCUGUUAACGGGAGCUCCCGCCUGCUGCAGGCCACCUCCCACCUACCCUCCACGGGAGGAGGCCAAGGGAGAGUUGUGCUCACACUGACCAUCCUGGGCCCGUUGCACAUCUGGAGGCCGUGGUCCAGCAGCCCUGCCGAGGCCACCCCUCCUCUGCACGGCCUCUUGUCUCCCACUGUCACGCAGCUGGAAGCACCACGGUGUCAUGGCUGUGCACCUGCACUCAGCCCAGUGUCCUGGGAGGGGCCUGGGCCACACACAGAUGCCCUAGAACACAGCAGUAGCGCCGGGCCAGUGCCAGGCGAGGGCCUGGAGGUCUCCUUGCCUUGGCCACAGGGGAUCCAGGCUCCUGAAGCCCAGAAGCUGUCCACGUUCUGGGAGGUCCUCACAGCCCUGGCAUUGGCGACCACGGGAGCUGAGGACAUGGCAUUUCCUGACGGCCCCGUGGAGCCCUGUGCCGUGUCAGAGCCUGUGCCCGCACAGGGGUGGGGGGCCACUGCCAAGGGACCUGCCUCACGCCUCUGGGCUGCAUGUCCCAUGGCCGCGUGCCAGGGUCAGGGUGCGAAACUAUUUCCAGAGGCCACGUGAUGGGAUUUCACAUGUGUGUCUGUCAAUAUACUGGGCCUGUUGUUAUUCUUGAAUGAAUGAAUUGGUGUGUAUCUUAGGUUCCGCUCGGUAUGAAUUUCUUGUGGGGCAGAAGACCCACUUAAAGAGCAUGAAGCCCCCCGGAGGCCCUGGCCCAGGCCCCAGAACCACGGCAGGUGGCUUCGCACAAGCCCUCAGGAGUCACCCCUCCUGUUCUGGUCAGAAGCAGAACCUUUUCUCUCCUCCUUCCCCUGACGACCUCCCCAUCGGGGCUGGCCCAUGUCAGUGAGUCAGAGUGUGCACACGAGGCUGCUCCAGGCGCCCUGCACCUGCCGCACAGAGGUCGUGGCUCUGCCCAAGGAGACGGUCCCCUGGGCCGUCCCACAGCUUCCCUGCCCGUCGCCUCCUGGCCUGGCCUUCCUCAGCCUCUGCUCUCCGUAAAAAUCUCGGGAAACGGGUGUCCACUCCAUCCAGGGGGGGCACACUCUACCAGAUGAGGUUCGUGGCCCUUUCAGAUUUUAUUUUGCUGGUGUCCGCACCCCCUGCCCGCCCGGUACAGCCACAGCAGCUCCUCCUGAAGGGCCUGACAUCCCGGAGGCCCCUGCCUGGUACAGGUGUGCGGUGCACGGACACGGGGCUGAUGCUGCCCCCUGCCUUAGUGUCCUGUGCGUGAGCCUCCCAGGCUCAGCUCUCCGUGACCCCGUCCUGGCUGUGGCCUCAUGACUGUGUCAGCCACGGAGGCCUGCACGCUUGUUCUCUGCCUGUAUUGGUUCAAGGACAGCCGCUGCCAGCCCGCAGGCCCUGCUGGGCCCCGGUGCCAGUGCAGGCACGGCCCUGCUCCUUGGUGCUCCGGGUGGGCUGUCCUGCGGUCGCUUCCAGCGCAUGUGUCUCCUGUGUCUCAGGGUGGGCCCUGUUCCAGGACAUGAGGCUUACAGGCAGCUGUGUGAUAACCUUCUUCCUGCUGUGGGCACGGAGCCCAUUGAGGAACGAGACCAUGUUGUUGAGGUUUCAGAAUUUCAAGAAAAGCACAGAAGGAGACUGUUGGCCUUCUAUAGAGAAAAGAUCGCGAGGCUGGAGGAAUCCCUUCAGAAGUCCGUGCUGCGGAUGGAACAGCUGCAGAGGUGGGUGCUGUCCACGAGCUCCCGCGGGGCGCCCGACCGUGCCGCCUGCUUGGCCAUCUGUCUGAGACCUUGUGACCAGGGCAGCAGAAGAAAGAGCACGUUCAUUUGCCAGAAGCUUCCGUCGAAGCAAAAAUGCAGCAGGAGUAUGAGAUUGUCACAAGAACCAGUUCUCGGCGCAAUGAAAACUCCAGUUUCAACUCCUUCCGCAAAGCCAGCUGGACACCUGCUUCUGCGCCUAGAGUCGUCAGCCUCUGACAGAGUGGAGUCCAUGCAAGUCGACCGUACUCCGUCCCCGACGAGGAAACCCGAGGUAGCAGCUGGGCCGGCCAGAAUUUCCCUGAUCAGCCCACCCCAACAUGGACGCAUGGGCAGCGUCUCCCACGGCGGCCCUCAGCUCCCCGGCCUGACGCCCAGUCUCAGCAGCGUGUCCCAGGCUCUCAGGAUCCCAGCGCUGCAGGUCCCCUGCAGGACGCCCCAGGCCCAGGGCCCAGCGGGAGUAGAGGACUCGCCCAGCCUGGCAGGCUUCCGGGUGCUGGCCCCCAGGCCACCCAUCAGCAUCUCAGCGCUGCUGCAGAGGCAGCAUGUAGGGUCUGCUGGCCUCAGGGGAGCCGCACACGGAAGGUGAACGAGGUCCUGCCCCCCGUCCCGUCCGUCCACCCGGGGCUCCCUCGCCACCAGCCAUACUUUAUGCGGCAUAAGUCGUCAUCUGUUCUUUCUCGUGGAA